UGUUAAAAGACAAGAGCAGUCCAGAUAGCUGCCAUGGAACAAGACAGAUGCUCUUGCUCAAGCCCUCAGCCGUCAACAGCCAAAAUGUCUGCCAGGUCACUUCUCCUCGCCUCGGCUGCGUCCCUCAUCGCCACGGCGGCAGCCCGUCCCGGCCAAGCCGUGUCGGCCCGCCAGGCUACCGGCGCGUCCAUCCCCACGGUGCACAUACCGCUGGGCUUCAACUUCAAGGUCACCACGACCCUCAGCCUGCCGUGGGACAACCGCUCCAUCGAGCUGGUGUUCGACACGGGCUCCGAGAACUUCUGGGUCUUCGGCCCGAACUCGACCACCAACUGGGGCUGCACCGGCCUGCUCUGCCCGGGCCCCUGUAACGCCUCGGUCACCAACUUCUACGACUGGCCAAACAGCCCGACCGCGGCCAAGCCGCCGCAGCCCUUCAACUCCUUCUACGCAUAUGGCGCCUACACAAAGUUCGUGACGGGCGACAUGGCCAUCAACGACACCUUCACCUUCACGUCGCCCGGCGGCGGUGGCGGCAGCAGCAGUACCGUGCCCAACGUCCGCGUCGCCGUCGAGAACUACAUGUCGCAGCGGCGUGGCGUCGGGCAGGGCGGCUGCGCCACGGGCGCCGGGUCGUACGACCUCGGCAUCCUGGGCGCAUCGCCCUUCUACCGCAAGUCCGACUGGAACACGACCGGCCCGCACGUGCGGCAGGAGCUGCUGGGCCGCGGCGCGAUCGGGGCGCCCGUGCAGAGCAUCUGGUUCGACGAGCCGCCGGCGCGGUGGGACGGGACCUUUACGGGGUCCGCCGUGUUUGGCGGCAUCGACCGGUCCAAGUUCUCGGGCCCGCUCGUCAAGGUGCCGGUGCUGGAGAACGACGGGCUGGGCGCGAGCGUCGGCUACUUUGUCGCGCAGCCCAACGUCAGCGUCGGCGGCGUGACCCUGCCGCGCGGCAAGCUCGUGACCGGCGUGUGCCACCUCGACACGGGCACGACGGCCGACGACCUGCCCGUGGUGCAUGACGACUUUGCGCGCGCCCUGAACCUGACCAGGAACGAGUUCGGCAACACGGUCUGGCCCGGCGACUGCGACACCAUCCCGCUCGACAAGACGUUUGAGCUCACGUUCCCGGCCGCGCCAGGCCAGGCGCAUGAUAGCGUCACCAUCAGCGUGCCGCUGCGCCACUACGCCCGCCCGGGCGCGGACAGGACCCCGGGGCUGUGCACGCUGUGGAUUGAUACGGGUGGCUGCAUGCUGUCGGCGCCCUUUGCGGCCGCGUCCUACUUUGCUGCCGACGACGCCGCCGGCGAGGUCGCCCUGGCGCAGGGCGGCGUGUCCAAGGCGGGGAGCGGCCCGGACGCGUCGGCCAUGGCUUUGACCAUCGCCUAGGGAGUUUUUGCUUUGCUUGCCAUGCUUGAUAGUAAUGACUACACCACACAUUGAAGGUCUCUUUUUGCUGUCAAGUUGGUCCCUCCGUGUCUCCCACGCUUCCCUCCCUGUCAUGGCCCGGCAACAUAGAGU